GAAAUUCUUGACAAACAAUAAUAAUAGUGUUAACUUCCGCUCAAUAUUUAUUUUAUUUAUUUAAUUAACUUAAGUGUUCCUAAAAGUUAACGAAAAGUGUUGCAAUGGCUCAAGCUGAAGAUACAGAACUCCGGGAUUUAGUAUUAGAAGCUUUGGAAAAGAAUGGAUCGCUUGCUAAAAUACGUGCCUUACUUCGUGCGAAUAUUUUUUUGGCGUUUGAGGAUGAUUCUGAAAACAUGAAACAAAAUGUGAAUUUGGAUAACAUAUUAAAAAUACCAGAAGGUGUGCUGGCGUUGUCGAUUGUUCACGAGUUUUUAGAGUUUUGUAACCUUAAAAACACGCUGUUUGUGUACAUGUCGGAGUCGCGCCAGGGCACGGAAUACAUGUAUGAAGGCCGAAAUAUUUUGGUUGAUCGACUUCAGUUCUUAAACGGUAAUGAUGAUUCCAAGGAGCCCGUUCUCGUCACGUUCGUGAGAAAUAUCCUUAGACCUCACCAGAGGAAGUACUACGAGCAGGGGGACGCCGGCAAUGGGGGCCAACACGACUCGCUUGCCGCGAAACAACGCAAAGGUGACCAAAACUGCACUUACAUAGUUCAUGAGGACUCUAGUAUGUCAACAAGUAAUUCAACUUCCGACAACUCAUCAGAUGAAAAGAAUAAACUUCACUUGAAAUUACCUCUUGACAAUUCAGAUACAGACACAUCCAGUGACUCCGCGAGGGAGAAAAUGAGCUCGGAGUAUAUUCCCAACCAGCACAUACUGUCUCAAGCCAGAAGCAAUGUUGAUAGAUUAAACCUUGACCAGUACUCUUUGACAUACAACAAGCAGAAAGAUAAUAUUGGAACGAGUCAACACAAUGACACUCCCCAUACAAGUGUGCAAAACCGUGAAAUUAAGCCAAAUAUUAAUAACAGUAGUGAGUCCACAUCAUAUGCAGAUAUUAAAUCAUUUAAACCACCAGAUAAGGCAAAUAUAACUAUACCGGUUAUAGCAGUUGACAAUGUUAUAAAUAGUCCUGUAAGCCCCCAGAACCCUACUCACGCAAGUUCUCAACCUGAAAAUAUUAAAGCCAACUCUGAGUCUGCAUCAUCAGAAACUAUGAAUAGUAUUUCAUCUCUAUCUUUAAAGCAUGAAAAUGGAAAGAAAAUUCAAAAAAGCAACUUGCUGACUACAGAUGAUCCCACUAAAUCAGACAAUGAAGUGACAGAAUACAGUUUAGAUUUUUCACUGUCUCAAGUGUCUAGAAACAAGAGCAUACCUGAAAGUCAGCUUCAGCUCCCAGAUCAGCGGGCGGGCAACCCAUCUCUAAAGGAACAAAACUCGCCACUCCUAAGCCCACAUCAGAAUUCACAAAGUUCUCAGAGUUCUGUGUCCAUAUCUGAUGUAGCUGACCUAAUCGAGUAUAGUGACCGGAGUUACUUAUUUGAACACAAUCAAAAUAAAGAUAACGAGACUGAAGUUACUGCAUCAAAAGCAAGUAAUAAAUCUAAAAAUGCAGGAAGUGAUCAGAAUUUUAUUCCAAGUGAGGACUCUGGUGAUUUUUCAGAAUCCCCUAUCCCAUCACUUUCAAACUUAAGCCUAGAUGUUCAUAGUGAUUAAUCUAAAUCUAGUCUAAGAACUUGCUGGCUUGCAUUUAGAUCAAAU